AUGUCCACCGAAAAACCAAUUAUCUUUGCUCCACCCACCUACCAGUAUGAGAAGGGCCACUUGAACGAAAUUGACGUCAACCCUAGCCCCAUCGAGCAGUUUCAUCGGUGGUUUGAUGAUGCUAGAUCCACCCUCUCCAAAGACCUGGACAUUAUUCCUGAAAGCACCACGUUUUCCACCGCCAGAAUGCCCAGUGGCCGUGUUUCUUCACGUGUGGUAUUGUUGAAGGAGUUGGACACUCAUGGCUUUGUUGUGUAUUCUAACUGGGACGAAUCCAAGAAGGCUAAAGACUUUGACACCAACAAGUUCGCUUGCCUUAACUUCUUCUGGCCCCAUAUUCAGAGACAAGUGCGUGUAGAGGGUGUAAUGGAAAAGGUCAACCGCGAGACCUCGGAGAGAUACUUCCGGACCAGACCCAGAGGCUCCAAGAUUGGAGCAUGGGCAUCUCCACAGUCGCAGGUGAUUCAAUCGAGAAACCAGUUGGAUGAGCUUUACAAGAAGUUCGAGGAGAAGUUCAAGGACUUAGCAGACGAGGACAUUCCAUGUCCUGAGUACUGGGGAGGUGUCCGUAUUGUGCCAUUGGAGGUUGAAUUUUGGCAGGGAGGAAUGAGUAGGUUGCACGAUAGACUUACCUAUACGAGAGAGGAGUUGGAAGGCGAUUGGACGGUUGUGCGGAUCUCCCCAUAG